GCUUCUUCGAUACGCGCUGCGAACAUGUCGCGGACGAGCAGUCCUCGAUGGCGCCCGACGCCUCGUACCGCAUCGGCCUCGGAGGUUUCCCGCCCAUCGACGCGCCGAGUCCGUCCAAUGGAUUCCCGCACACUCCGCACAGCAUCCAAGAAGGCAUGAACUCGUUCAAUGCCGCGCCUGCCAACCAACAAGAUGACCAAAACGAGGCCCCACCGCAGCCUGCGCCAAAAGUACCGCCCCUGGGUGUGAAUAAUACGAAUCGCAAGCUGCUCGAUUUCCCACCUGUAGUCGGCUCCAUAAUCCAGUACUCCAAUAAGCCCCUGCCCUAUCGACCGUUCCCAGAUGAUGUCGAAGAGAUCAGAGAGAAGCUAUUUCACCUGGAGAAAGAUGUACUCUUGAACUCUCAGCAGAUCUCGGACUACUGGCCGCACAUGUCGAACAUCUGGCAGCGCGACACAGCUCCAGUCAAAAGAGCAAAUGGAGUGGUUAUGGAGAUUUGGCAUUGCCGCAAUCAAAGGCGUGUGGAGCGCAGAGACCGUGGCGCGGAAGGCAAUGCUGUCCAACGACGGCGGAAGAAGAAGGACGACAUGCUGACGGACCCUCAUCAAUGCAAAUUGAGGAUCCGACUCCAGUUCUACAGCAAGCACGUUGAGGGCAUGCCCGAGCCAUGCGGUAUAGGGUUUCUGGAAUGCAAAUGUAUUCCCGAAUGGGCUUACAUUACUCGCACCCCAAGAACGAAAAGUGCUGGCUAUCGACACGAACACAACAUUCGUAUUCUAGACGAGUACAAGAGGAGCCAGGCUAUCAUGUUCUUCUGCAAGCUCAAAGUGGAAGAGCGCUACAGCUAUGCCGCCGUGCUGAAGUGGCUGAAAGAGAACUAUGCACAUCGUACGCCACAGGUAGAUUGCGUACGCAAACAAGACAUUUGCAACGUCGCUCAGCACUGGCGCGCCUUGAAUAAGAACGUAGAGCUGCGCCAGGAGAUACCGGAAGAGUCCGACCUGGAGAAGCAGCGCAAAGAGUACCUAAGCUCGGUUGACACAACUCCUGCUAGCCAGCUCUCCAAAGCGCUGAUCGAAGUAUGCAAGCAGCUUCCACAAGCGAUUGACAUUAUUAUCCCCUUCCUCGAUAAACCGCGGCCUGCAGAGUCGCGAUCAUCGCCGAUCACUGAGGGCACUGACAUUGUCAUUCCAUUCCCGGGCUGCGAGGUUGCAAAACAAUGGGAUGUCCCCGUCUCGACACCUACAGCAGUUGCAGGCCGUCCGCAAGACCAAGCGCAUGCACCAGGACAGCCUUUGCUGCAAACACAGCCUACGCCGCAGCAAGCAGUCACGCCCUUUCAGGAAACGCCAGACCAGACCACGGCGCACGCUGUAGCUCAACAACGCAGCGCGUUCGGGUACUCAUUAGCUCGAAUACCAGAUCCCAAUCGACCUGGCAACUUUGUACAUACGACCACUCUUUCGACGCCAGUAGCGUUGCCAGUUACGGGCUCAGAUAGGUCGCCUCCUAUUCCUACCGCACGAGGCAAUACUACCACAACAGGGUGGUCUAGGACUGCUGCGACUGCCGCGCUGGCCACUUUGCUACCACCGACCACGUCUCUGCUAUCUCCGGCUCUCUCCAAUGCACUCCGGCAUGACGAUAGAAAUGCUAGUGUGAGUGACCCACAGUCAGGUGCGGUGGUGUUGCAGCGACCGUCCUGGGCAGCGCCUACACCUAUGCCCAAACGUCCUGCUGAAGUCCACGCCGAGACCCCGGAAGCGAAACGAAAGGCUGUCGAUGAGAUUGCAGUCCAGCUGCGAAAUGAGCUGCAAUCGGCUGCACAAUGAGACCCGAUGCCGCCACAGAUCGUAAGACAGAGGGGGUGCCACCAGUCACGUCCAUCCAAGCAUGUUUUUGAUUCACCAGAGAUACCCCGAUUUACCUGAGCUUCUUCCACUGUAGCUAACAAAUGACAAACCAGUCUCAACUUUUCUCCUUGUCUGCAAUCUUCUCAUAAAAUACCUUGCCUCGGGCUUCAAAUGCUUCCAUCGCCGCUGGGUCCCGCAACAUCUCCCUCUGAUGCUUGUCAGGCACAUGUCUCCCACGGUCCACCGCCGGCCGAGAAUACAUCCGCUCCUCCCAGGCCUUCAGAGCCGGGAAAUUGUCUAAUGGAGACGAAGGAUGAUGCGGCCCUCCUAGCGCC